GAGAGAGACGUUGCUGCCUUUCAGUCGACUUCCCGACGGGAUAAAAAACACCAAGGAGCGAAAAUCUCACUUCAUUCUUAUCGUUUUGGAUCAGAAUCUAAUAGAAAAGGAGAAAAAUGAGUGUGAAGUGUAGAUUUAAGCCCUGGAUAAAGCGUUCCGAGGUGGAUUUUGUGGCCUGUUUCGCUCCCAUAGUGUUGAUGGGUUUGUUUAUCGGUUCGGGUCCAAAAGUGAGCGGACGGUUUGGAGGAAAAAGUGCGAUUUGAGAGGCAGUAAAACCCGGACUGGAUUCUUCCCAGUGCUCUCCGGAUUGUCUGAGUGUCAGUAGCUGGUGUACUGAGCUGAUUGUGGACAAACUGACACACUGACACACUUCUUUUCCUUCUGUCUUCUUUCCACUGCUUCACUUUUUUCCCCUUCACUUUCACCAGGUGUAAAAUAAUGCAACUGUUUGUGCACAAAAUAAGGAGGAAACGAUGCUGCAGUUCUCCACCGUCAGCAGCGUCGAGAUGCUGAACCUGAGAAGUUCCUGAAGGUUGAUGAAUGACUUUGGUGGAUUCGGUUCUCCCGGAGUUUCUUUCCAAAACGAGGUUGAAAAUGGUGGAGAAUAGGUGUAGCCUUACGAGAGAAGAGGUGUACCGUUGGUUCUCGGGCUUGAGCUCGGCUCAGAGGGCCGAGUUCCUUUGCGGACUCUUGGAUCUCUGCGUUCCGGUGGAGUUGCGCUUUCUCGGGUCCUGCUUGGAGGACUUGGCUCGUAAGGACUACCACUCUUUGAGAGACGCCGAGAUCAAAGCCAACAACCCGGCCGACCUGGCGCUCCUGGCCAACAUGACGGAUGAGGUGGUACGCAGCAAGCUCCUCGUCUCGCUCGCCCUACUCGGCUCAGACAACCGGGCUGCGGCGGGCGUGCUUUUCCGGACACUUACACAUGUCGACGCCAUCAUCCACGAUUACGGGCUGCGUCUGAGUGACGGCCGGACCGGCGAGCAGUUCCUCCUGCUCUUCACCAUGGCCGCUAACCACCCGGCCUUCAGCUUCCACCAGAAGCAGGUGCUGAGACAGCUUCUAGCACAGAUCCAGGAGAUCCUGCAGUCCACCGGGUCUGACCCAGCACACGGAGGAAAUACUGGAUCGCCUGCUGUUCCUACUUCGAUGCCUACGUACAUCAGUGCACCUGCACACUUUACCUGCUGCACCAAGACCGUGCCUCGAGAGGUCAUGACAGGCCUCGUGGAUGACAGUGUGGGGUCAGAGGUCAUGUCCCCGAACCCUGCGCCGACUUGCCAGGAGCUACCCAUAAAAAUGCAUGCUGGGAAACCCGGAAAAGUUCGAGUCGAGAAGAUUGAGCUGAAGGGAGUCGCGCACAAAGUGGACUCAUCAACAGAAUUCACAUUGGAGGUUGUGUGGUCCGACUCCACGCUGUCAGACAUUAGCAAGACAUCUCAGGAAGUGAUGGACCUGGUGUCCCAGCUCUCCCAGCUCUUUCCUGAUGACUGUCUGGAGAAGUUCCUGCCUCAGCCUGGUGUUGACCCUCAUGAUCUGGACCUGAGGUGGUUGAGUUCUCUCCCUGUUCACGUUCUCCAACACGAGCGAGUGCGACUUUUCUGCACAUCCUCCAGCCCACAACACACCUCCAGCACCAAUCUGAGUUGUCUUCUUCAGUACAGAGGAGCGAGCAGGGCAGUGUGUGGUGUCGCGAGUGUUCAGCCGGUGGUAAACGUUCUUGCCCCGAUUCCCCAGCCCUCACCUGCACAUCUGCCCCCUCCGGCCAUCCUGCCCCUCCACCCGAGUCUCGCUGUCCCCGCUAUAGGAGAAACCAACUCACCUCAGCAGCAGACACCACCACACCAACAGCAGCAGCAACUACACCCACCCGGCCCCGAACAGAACGGCAUCCUAGACUGGCUGCGUAAGCUCCGCCUCCACAAAUACUACCCAGUCUUCAAGCAGCUCACCAUGGAAGAGUUCCUCGCUCUGACAGAAGAAGACCUGAAUAAGUACGACCUCACUCAGGGAGCCAAGAAGAAGCUGAAGACCCAGCUGGAGCUGCAGAAGGAGAAGUUACAUGAGAAGAGAUACACAAUGUCUCAGUUUCCUGUUUCCUGUGGUGGAGUAGCGAGAGUGACACCUUCCACUUACAACUGCCCGAUAACACACACAAGCAGCAGUAAAACAGAACUGCGUGUGGAGGUGGAGGCCGGAUCUCUGUCCUCUCUCAGGGACAGCAGCUCAUCAUCAGGUUACUCCAGUUCUCCAUCCAGCCCCAUGACUCCUCUGAAAGAGACUCACAGACGUGCCGAUGUGGAGUGUGUAGAGAAAGACCGUGUGUGUUUCCUGCUCAGCACGGCAGGUUCGGCUCAGAGUCGUCCGACAGCGCAGGUUCUCCCGGUGCAGAACGAUCCCUCUGUCGGUCCGUCUCACUCCAGCGUGAACCUUCCCUCCCUCCCACUUCUGGCUCCAGGCAGAGGACUCGGAUCCGCCUCCCGUAAGCCCCGCCCACCCCUACUCUGCCCCGCAAUGGGUGUGGAAGCUCCUCCCACGGGGCAUCAGGAAGUGGAAACGUGCACGGCGCUAACGGUAACCUCUAACGCCCUUCAUCACAUCUCUCACCCGACGCUACACUUCCAGGUUUCGGCCACGCACGGUCACGCCCGCUUGUCUCAGUACUCAAACUCCGCCUCUUCCUCCUCCUCCUCCUCCUCCUCAUCCUCUUUUUCUUCCUCGUCAUCUUCCUUUUCCUUUUCCUCGUCCUCCAAACCCACCUUCUCGCCCAUCAGCGCUGUUCCCAUGGCGGCUGUUUCAGGAAACACCUACAGCGCCAACAGUGGGUCCGUUGUAGCCCCACCCACCACCAGUCCGGUCACUACGGAAACGGCGUGCUACGGCUCCGCACAGUCGAACGGUACGACGCCAUGCGUGUGCAGCUCGUGUGGCUGUAGCGGAAAGUGCGGAUCGUUCUACUUCCCUCACCCGUUCUCCGGUACGUCCCUGUUCACCCUCGGACCGCUGCUCCACUUUAGCCCGCUCUUCUCAGGAAGCGGCUCCGUCUCCCCGUUCUCGUACCCGAUUGUGGCCCCGCCCCUGUACAGCAGCAGCCUGUCACAUGACUCGCAGCAGAACCUGGUCCUUCCCCCAAUGCAGGGCUUCCUAGGAGGCGGAGCUAACACUUAUCAGCCCUAUGGCAUGAUGGGAAACGUUGGCACGGGGCAAAAGAAGGUGGGUACCGUUUCCUGCUACAACUGCGGGCUGAGCGGACAUCGAGCGCAUGACUGCAAACAGCCGCCCAUGGAUUCGGCUCAGCAAGGUAUGUUUCGUCUAAAAUAUUCUCCUCAGUCGGACAGCCAGGACUCUGGCGACUAGCUGUUAUAUACCGAGUGUUUAAAGCGCUUCAGUCUCUGUUUUUGUGAACACAGAAGCUUUCUGAGACUCUUAUGGACUUUGUCUCUCUGAGAGAAGCUCUGUAAAGGACGAGACAGACAUCAGGGACGAUUCGGACACCAAAAACCAGUGAGGAACGUCGUGGACAACCAGCCGGCGGCUUGUUAAUCGUCUCCUUCCUCUCAGGUCCUCUCAGGUCCUCACUCGGCCUCGUCCCGUUCGCGCACUAAACAGUGUGUGAAGAUUCCUCGGUCACUCCGUCGCACACUUUUCUGUCACGUCUCGAGAAACGAAACACCGCCGCUGUCGACUCCGGACGCAGGACUGGACGGAAAUUUCUGAUUUUUUUAAAAAAAACUUUUUAUAACUUUUAUUGCGUAUUUGUUGUAUUUACAGUGCUUUUUUUUUCCUGGGGUGAAAAUCAUUUGUAAUCAUUUCAGAAUUUUUUUUUUUUAUAUCAUGUAUAUUUUAUUAUUUUAUCAGUUAUUAGUAAUAAUUUUUUUUGUGUUGUAUUAUAUUGGAUUUUGUGUGAAAGCUGACCGCUAAAGUCUGAGAUUUCUGAGAAAUCCGAGAAUUCUCUUCUCACUUCGUGAAAAACCAGCAACGUAUUAAAAAAAAAAAAAAAAAACACUGCUGAGUCGCACAGCAGCGAUAAACCUCUGAGGUCGUAAUAAACAAUCGUGUAACGAUCACAACAUUCAAACGUACCAGCGGCGUAAUUCGCUUUAGAUCUGCAGAUGUACAUAAGCAUGACUUGUUCAGUAUUUCUACAAUUUUUUUUUAGAGAUAUUUUAUUUUGAACGAAUGUGGGGUUGAUAAACCUAAAUAAUUAGCACCUUAGCUAAUUCGCCGUCGGUUCUCCGUUAAAAACGGCGACGUUUCUUACGUUCGAUCUCGUACUUUAUUUCUUUGCUAAUUCCUUAUUCUUAUACCAUUUAGUUCAGACUUUCCUAAAUUGCUUUAACUGGCUAACAGAAACUUGAAGUGAAAAUUCACUUAAAAUUGUUUUUCUCCAAAUUUUCAUUUUGUUUUGGCUUUUAAACCAAAGAACUCAAAGAUGUCGCUGAUACAGCAAGGACUUUUCUAGCUAAGUGUCUUUAUUGUUUCCUUCACUAGAUAAAAGCAUUUCCUAGAUUAGCUAAGAAAUUUAGCGACUUCAGCUAACGGCGCUAGAGACUUUUUGCCUCGGCGGUGGUGAAGAAUUUGCUAAAUAUCCUAAACUAAUUUAGCAAAGAGAUUCGUACGGUUUGUUCUGAGGAAUUCGCUAAUAUCAUGAGCUCAUUUAGUGAAAAAGAUUCAAGGGAAUUUAGCAAAGGUUUAAGCUAAAUAUUGUUGAGCUAGUUUGCUAGGAUGUUUUUGCAGAAUUUCCUUAUAUAAUUUAGCGAACGCUGCUGAAUUUGUUUUGUGAAGAAGUGAAAUGUUUCCUUUGCUAAUCGAAUAAGGAAUGUUGGUACAUUUCCGUAGCUAAUUUUGCAACAGUAAUUUAGAUCGUGCGACAUUUCCGUCGUUAAUUUAGCGAAGCUUUCGAUUAGAUUUCCUCGGCUAAACGUUGCUCAGUUUUGCGUCCUAGAACAGCGAGGCGGUCGCUAUGGUUUAUUCGCUAAUUCCACGAGGAUUCUCACUUCAUUUCCGUAGCUAACGUAAUAAAGAGCGUGCUACGUUUCCGUAGCUAGUUUAGCAAAGAGAUUUGAGCUAAAAUUCCUGUUUAAUUAACUCUAAUCUUGAACUUUUUGUAGCUAACGUAGCUUAAACUUUGCUAAAUUUCCUUCGCUGUGUAUUCGAGACGGAAACUGCUUCAUCUGAAAAAUUUGCACAUUGAGUUUU